AUGAGGCUGCUGCUAGCCCGCCUGGCAGCCCUCUGCCUGGCUCUGACCUGGGCUGGGGGCACGGAGCUCCAGAGAGAAGGCAGAACCCGGAACCACGGCCACAGCGUGUGCAGCACCUGGGGCGAUUUCCACUACAAGACCUUCGACGGCGACGUCUUCCGCUUCCCCGGGCUGUGCGACUACAACUUUGCCUCCGACUGCCGCGACGCCUACAAGGAGUUCGCCCUGCACCUGAAGCGCGGCCCCAGCAGCAGUGGGGGCCCGUCCCAGGUCGAGCACAUCCUGCUGACCGUCAAGGACGACACCAUCUACCUCACCCGCCAGCUCACCGUGCUGAACGGGGCCAUGGUCAGCACGCCCCACUACAGCCCGGGGCUGCUCAUCCAGAAGACUGACGCCUACACCAAGGUCUACUCCCGCGCUGGACUCGCACUCAUGUGGAACCGGGAGGAUUCAGUCAUGCUCGAGCUGGACAGUAAGUUCCGGAACCACACGUGCGGCCUCUGCGGGGACUACAACGGCCUGCAAACCUACUCGGAGUUCCUCUCCGAGGGUGUCCCCUUCAGUCCCGUGGAGUUUGGGAACAUGCAGAAGGUGAACAAGCCUGAGGUGGUGUGCGAGGACCCCGAGGACACGGUGGUCCCCGAGUCCUGCUCCGAGCACCGUGCCGAGUGCGAGCAGCUGCUGACGGCCGCAGCCUUCAAGAGCUGCCAGGGCCUGGUGCCCGUGGAGCUGUACGUGCAGGCCUGCGCGCAGGAUCGCUGCCGCUGCCCGCAGAACGCCUCCUGCGUCUGCAGCACCAUCGCCGAGUUCUCCCGCCAGUGCUCCCAUGCCGGCGGGCGCCCGGAGAACUGGAGGACCGACGCGUUCUGCCCUAAGAGCUGCCCUGGGAACAUGGUCUACCUGGAGAGCGGCUCGCCCUGCAUGGACACCUGCUCACACCUGGAGGUCAGCAACCUGUGUGAAGAGCACCGCAUGGACGGCUGCUUCUGCCCAGAAGGCACUGUGUUUGAUGACAUCGCGGGCGGCGGCUGCAUCCCCGUGAGCCAGUGUGGCUGCAAGCUGCACGGACACCUGUACACGCCCGGCCAGGAGGUCACCAACGCCUGCGAGCAGUGUGUCUGCAACGCUGGCCGCUGGGUGUGCCAGGACCUGCAGUGUCCGGGGACCUGCAGCCUGGAGGGCGGUGCGCACAUCUCCACCUUCGACGGGAGGAAGUACACCUUCCACGGGGACUGCUACUACGUGCUGACCAAGACCCUGAACGACUCCUACGCCCUCCUGGGCGAGCUGGCCCCCUGCGGCUUCACGGACAAGCAGACCUGCCUAAAGACGGUGGCGCUGCUGGCCGACGGCAAGAAGAACGUGGUGGCCUUCAAGUCGGAUGGCAGCGUCCUGCUGAAUGAGCUGAAGGUGAACCUGCCCCAUGUGACGGCGAGCUUCUCCAUAUUUCAACCCUCCUCCUACCACCUCGUCAUGACCACCAGCUUCGGCCUCAAGCUGCAGAUCCAGCUGCUGCCGGUCAUGCAGCUCUUCCUGACGCUGGACCAGGCUGCCCAGGGCCUCGUGCAGGGCCUCUGCGGGAACUUCAAUGGCCUCGAAGGCGACGACUUCAGGACGGCCGGGGGGCUGGUGGAGGCCACGGGCGCUGGCUUCGCCAACACCUGGAAGGCCCAGUCGAGCUGCAGCGACAAACUGGACUGGCUGGACGACCCCUGCGCCCUCAACAUCGAGACCAACUACGCCGAGCACUGGUGCUCCCUGCUGAAGAAGACCAAGAGCCCGUUCGCGAGGUGCCACUCCACUGUGGACCCAGCCGAGUAUUACAAGAGGUGCAAGUAUGACGCGUGCAACUGCCGGAGCACGGAGGACUGCAUGUGCGCGGCUCUGUCCUCAUACGCCCGCGCCUGUGCCGCCAAGGGCGUCGUGCUGUGGGGCUGGCGGGAGCAUGUCUGCAACAAGGACCUGGACUCCUGCCCCAAGUCGCAGGUCUUCCUGUACAACCUGACCGCCUGCCAGCAGACUUGCCGCUCGCUGUCCGAGUCCGACACCCACUGCCUGCAGGGCUUCGCGCCCGUGGAUGGCUGCGGCUGCCCUGACCACAUGUAUCUGGACGAGAAGGGCCGCUGUGUGCCCCUGGCCAAGUGCUCCUGCUACUACCGCGGCCUCUACCUGGAGGCGGGGGAGGUGGUCCUGAGGCAGGAGGAGCGAUGCGUCUGCCGGAACGGGAGGCUGAGCUGCAUACAGGUCAAGCUGAUCGGCCAGGCCUGCGAGGCCCCGAAGAUCAAUGUUGACUGCAGCAACGUGACAGCGCUGUCCACCCGGAGCCCCAGGCCCAUCAGCUGCCAGACCCUGGCCGCCGGCUACUACCAGACAGAGUGCAUCAGUGGCUGCGUGUGCCCUGAGGGGCUGAUUGACGACGGCCGGGGCGGCUGCGUGGUGGAGGAGGCGUGCCCGUGUGUGCACAACAGUGACCUGUACCUGCCCGGGGACAAGAUCAGGGUCGACUGCAACACCUGCACCUGCCAGAAAGGGCGCUGGGCGUGCACCCAGUCUGUGUGCCACGGCACCUGCACCAUCUACGGGAAUGGCCACUACAUCACCUUUGAUGGGAAGUACUAUGACUUCGACGGGCACUGCUCCUACGUGGCCGUUCAGGACUACUGUGGCCAGAACACCUCCCUGGGUUCCUUCAGUAUCAUCACCGAGAAUGUGCCCUGCGGUACCACGGGGGUCACCUGCUCCAAGGCCAUCAAGAUCUUCAUUGGGAGGACGGUGCUGAAGCUGGAGGACAGACAUUGCACGGUGAUCCAGCGUGACGUGGGCCAUGACGUGGCCUACACCACGAGAGAUGUGGGCCAGUACCUGGUGGUGGAGGCCAGCAUCGGGGUCAUCGUCAUCUGGGACAGGAAGACCACCAUCUUCAUCAAGCUCGACCCCUCAUAUGAGGGUGCGGUGUGUGGCCUGUGCGGGAACUUCGACCAGCGGUCCAAAAACGACUUCACCACGCGGGACAGCAUGGUGGUGGACAGCGAGCUGGACUUCGGGAAUAGCUGGAAGGAGGCCUCCACCUGUCCGGACGUGAGGACCACCCCGGACCCUUGCACCGCGAACCUGCACCGCCGCUCCUGGUCGGUGAAGCAGUGCAGCAUCAUCAAAAGCCGGGUUUUCGGGCUCUGCCACAGCAAGGUGGACCCCAUGCCCUUCUACGAAGCCUGCGUCCAAGACUCCUGCUCCUGCGACACUGGCGGGGACUGCGAGUGCUUCUGCUCCGCCGUGGCCUCUUACGCCCAGCAGUGCACCAAGGAGGGCGCCUGCGUGUUCUGGAGGACCCCGGACCUGUGCCCCAUAUUCUGCGACUACUAUAACCCCCCGGGCGAGUGUGAGUGGCACUACGAACCUUGCGGGAAUCGCAGCUUCGAGACCUGUCGGACCGUCAACGGCAUCCACUCCAACAUCUCCGUGUCCUACCUGGAGGGCUGUUACCCCCGGUGCCCUAAGCACAGCCCCAUCUACGACGAGGAGCUGAAGGCGUGUGUCACGAGGGACAAGUGCGGCUGCUACGUCGGCAACACUCACUACGCGCCGGGGACGCCCGUGCCCACAGGGCAGGCCUGCCACGCUUGCCCAGGCGGGGUCCUGAGCCGGCCUCUGGGGCAGCGUCGCCCUGAGGCUUCAGGCCUGUCGUGGGGUGUGGGGGGCGGGUGA